AUGAGUGCUCACCGGCCUGGCCCGGCCUUGAAGGAGGCUACGAAGGUCAUUGCCGGGGCCGCCAAACAAAGCCGCUGGCUGCAAGCCGUGGGAACUUUGUGGAAAUUGGAUCGGCAGGCAUUGGAGAUCGACAGCAUCCUCUACACUGCUGCCUUGAGCGCUUGCGACAGGAGCCGACAAUGGUCAGCCGCCUUGGACUUGGUGACUCAUGUUCUGGCCGAAGGUGUCCUCUUGCUGGACCAAGGCUUGAACUACUUAGCACUGGCAUGUCAGAAAGCCUCUGAAUGGCAGAGGCUGCUUCACUUGCUCGUGAAGCCUUGUCGCCCUGAUGACUCUUUGGCCCACGAGGUGGGUUUCACUGCAGGUCUCGAGGCCUUCCCUCAUUGGACCCAGGCCUUAAGCCUGUGGCGCGCCAUGCCCGCGCUGCGCGCGCCUUCGGAUGCCACAGCGCUCUCGGCGCUGGUGACGGCGCUCCGCCCUGCCGCUGAGUGGGCACGGGCAGUGAGCUUGCUUAGCAUAGCCCUCGCAUUUUCAGCUCAGAGUGCGGACGUGGCGCUUUGCAAUGCUGUGUGCACCACCUGCGAAGCGCGUCAGGAGUGGACGCAGGCAGUGGAAGUCUUGCGGAAGAUGCUCGCAGCAGAUUUGGAGCCGGACAUGAUCACCUUCAGCGCCAUCAUCAGUGCCUGUGAGGCAGAUGGACAAUGGGCCUUUGCGCUUUAUGCGAUGCAGGAUAUGCAGGUGCGUCAGCUGAUGCCGAAUCUCAUCACCUAUAACGCCACCAUUGCAGCCUGCAGCACUGGAAGCUGGGAGCAUGCUUUGAGGAUUCUCAAGAGUAUGGCCUCCUCCGCGCGUGAUGUGGUGAGCUACAACUCCGUGUUGGCUUCAGAGUUGCCUUGGCAGAUGUGCGUGCAGCUGUUGGAGGAGAUGCAGGCUGCCGAGCUGGCUCCAGAUGCCUUGACCUACAACAGUGUGAUGGAGGCAUUGGAUGGAGCGCUGCAGUGGCGUGUGGCCGUGAGAUUGUUAAUGGAGAUGCCCCAUCCGAUGGCCGAUGCAAUCACCUGCCGCUGGGCCACUUCGGUUUGCGAGAAGGCAGCUGCUCAUGCUCAGGCCCGGCUGAACCACGUGCAGGGCAUUGCCUAUGGCUUUAUCGAGGAGCUGCAGUAA